UACGCCAUGCUCACCUCAUAACAAAACCACAAAAUUUACUGUAAAUGCUGAAAUUUUUUUAAAUGUUAUUAAAUAUAUAGCUUCAAAUACAAGAACACCAGCUGACAGGGACCGCAGUCGUGUUGUGGGAAGCAUACUUCAAAGAAAAGGUAAAGUCCUGCCGUUCACAUGAAAGAGCGCAAGGCCUACAUAAUACACAUACAUACAUAUGUGAGUAUUUAGUCGCUCUCACUUUCAAAUAAAACUCUGGCGGCUCCAUGGAAAUGGCAAACCGGUCGCUGAUAGCAGUUUCUCUCCGUGCUGCACUUACUGUCUACGUGGACUCCAACGCUAGUUGAUCGUCAACUGCCCCUUGGACGUUAAUCUUAAGGUAUUUGUUUAUCGCCUUUAUAGUAGCGAUACUCGGUGAGAUUAUGUACAAAUAUCAAAGCCCUUCUUUUGAUAGAUCGUUUGAGAAGCCCAGCGCCGAAAUGAGAUUUCUGGGCAAUGGAAAAGUGUUGUGGAACUUGACAAAGAACUCCAUCACUCAUCAGUCGCCCAAUGCGCUUGCCAAACUGCAUCUGCUUCCCGCCAGCUACAGCAGCAGCAAGAACCCGCCCGCGCCACCGUCCGAGCCUAAGUCUUCUAAAGCUACACAGAAACAAAAUCUCUUGACCUACCACGUCCUACCGCUGGAAGAAACAUUGAAUCGUUUCAUCAGCACCGUCGAGCCCCUUCUGACACCUGACGAACUUAAGCUUCAAAAGAAAAUUACUGAAGACUUCAAACAUAAAGAGGGCGACAAGUUGCAAAUGCUCUUGGAGGAUGUGGGCAGCGCAGAGAAGAAUUGGUUGGCCCAUCGCUGGCUAAAGACCGCCUAUUUGCAGUACCGGUCUCCAGUCACUGUCUACGUUAGCCCUGGAAUGACUUUCCCAAGGCAAAAGUUCAAGGAUGCGCAUGCCGUUGUCGACUACACUUCCAAAGUUAUCUUUGGCCUGGGCGAGUUUAACGACAUUGUGCAUGAGGGAAAAAUCCCCGUCGUAAAGAUGGGAAAAAACGAGCUGGACAAUGGACAGUUUAGUAAAGUCUUUGGAACUUGUCGUAUACCAAAACGACUUACAGAUGAGCUUGUCUAUAACCCCUGCUCCAACUAUGUGGUUGUCAUUCAUAAGAAUCAUUUUUACAAAAUGCGACUCUACAAUAAGGAGGGAAAGCUGAUUGCCGCUAGCUGUCUGGCCAGCCAACUGGAAGAGAUUAUGAACAAGGCGACAACAACUGGGGUGCCCUACGGCAUUCUGACCACAGACUCGCGAGACAAUUGGGCCGAGGCCUACGAGCAAUUGUCAUCAUAUCCAGGAAACAAAGCCACCCUCGACGCCAUCCAAGGUGCUUUGUUCACCGUAUCGAUGGAUGAGUGUACCGAUCUUCCGGAAAGUGAAGAGACCAAUGAACUGAUUCUGGGGCUGAUCCAUGGCGGUGGCAGCAACGUGAAUAGCGGCAACCGUUGGAUGGAUAAGACUAUUCAAUUAGUUGUGAAUCCCAAUGGAAAUGUUGGCUUUACCUACGAGCACUCUCCAGCUGAGGGUCAGCCCAUAGCCAUGAUGAUGGACUAUGUGGUUAAGAAGAUGAAGGAGGAUCAAUCUUUUGGCGAAUGCGGUGCCACGGACAACUUCACUCCCGCUGAGAAACUCGCAUUUUGUCCUAUUAACGAAUGCAUCGAGCAAUGGUUGUUCAUUGCGAAGCGGAACAUUGACAACCUCGUCUUUCAACUGCAGAUGAAGGUGCUCAAAUUUGAAGGCUAUGGAAAGGGCUUCAUCAAAAAACAGCGCCUGGGACCAGACAGCUUUGUGCAGAUGGCGUUGCAGCUGGCAUUCUACAAAAUGCACAAUGAGCCAGCGGCGCAAUACGAGUCUGCCCAUUUGCGUAUAUUCGAAGGCGGGCGUACGGAAACCAUACGGUCGUGUUCCAAUGAAUCUUUGGCCUUCUGUCUGGCAAUGCAGGAUGACAAAGCCACGAACAAGGAGCGUGUUGACAAACUACGUGCGGCGGUAAACAGCCAUCAGACCUAUACGAGGUUAGCUUUACAAGGCAAAGGUGUCGAUCGCCAUCUGCUCGGGCUGAAACUCAUGGCUCAGGAGAACGGCAAGCCCAUCCCGAAAUUCUUCUCUUCGCCGGGUGUCGUCAAGUCUUCCCACUUUCGCAUGUCCACCUCCCAGGUGGCCACGAUAUAUGAUGCCUUUAUGGGCUAUGGACCCGCUGUGGAUGAUGGCUACGCAUGCUGCUAUAACCCACGUGAACAAGACAUCAUCUUGGCUAUAUCUGCCUGGCGCUACUGUCAGGCGACAGAUCACUUAAAGUUCGCCAAAAUACUGCGACAGUCCUUCCUGCAAAUGAAAGAUGUAUUAGAGAAAUGUCCAGCCCCAGCCCCAGAGAAACCCGAUAAGCCAAGAUCCAAAUUGUAGUGUCUAUACAUAAAUAUCUGGGCAAGCUAGAAUACUUUUGGAGAUCGAUUAUAAAUCCCUGUCUGAAGGUUGGCAGGGCUCAGCUAUUGUCUCUUGUUCUAAAGUUUGAGGAGAGAAUUUAGUACUCACUUCUGCCAUUAAAAUCAUUUCAUAUUAC